AUGGAAAUCACGGAAAUGCAGGAUCCUUUGGGCGCUUCUGCUUAUUCCGUUUUUCCAAUACCGCUGGACAAACACAAUAAGAAGUCGGUUUUUUAUACGAGAUUUCUCACACCCCAUAAAUUUGCUUUAUGUUUAUUAGUUGAAUUUUACGCCCAGCAUGCUACUGCUCCGAGUUGUUCAGCUUCAUUUCUGGAUAUAAUCUUGGAGUACUUUGACUCAUCUAAUUCGUUGCCUCAGAGUUUGAUUGACCUGUAUAAUAUAACAACUAAACUUCCAAGCACUAUAGAUAGUUACAGUGUUUACGAUUUAUUACACGAACGUCUAUGGUCCUUACACUCAUAUGAAGAUAUUCAUGAAAUCUUCAUGUCCUUGGGAAGUUAUAUUACAAACUUAUACGAGCCUGAUGAAGAGCCACCUUCUCACAUGUUAUUCUCGCCGUCUUCAGUUUUGUCUGUCUUUCUACGAAAAUGCGUGGUAGAAUAUGAACAGCUAUCUUUCGAACAGGGAGUUGAGUUCUUUAAGUCUUUUCUUGAAUACCGCUCCCCAUCCAUGAAUUUUCGUAAAGAUGGAGUGGAAUACUGUAAAGUGAACGUACGGCAUGAACUAUUAGGUCUCGCGAGUAACCAGACUUUACUUCAACUCGCAUUCGGGAGUACUCCAGGUUGUCAUGCAACUCAAGAUAUUGAAAGGCUUAUUCAAUUACAAAUCCAGCACAUGCAGCGUUAUGGAUGUUUUUUACCAGAGGAGAUGAAACGUAAACUCCACGAUAUUUUAGAAGCCGAAGGGAACCACUUGAACACAAGCUAUCACUUCAGGUUCUUAAAUGCUUGGUUCAAUGGGGACUAUCAACAAUCUAUAGAGAACCUUUGCAGAUACUUUGACCAUGUCAUGCAUUCGAAUGAACGAGUCUCCUACCAAUACGCUUUGCUGAAUCUUAGUAUCUUGCAAGCUGACUUUGGAUGUGACAAAGAAGCCCUGCGCGCUAUAGAAGAUACGAUUAAUACUGCACGGGAAAGCGGUGAUAUUGCUUGUCUAAAUUUUGCUUUGGCUUGGAUGUAUGAAUUUAAACGUUCUCAGCUUCCUUCUUCUAAAGACAAAAAUCCUGAAGAAGAAAACCAUAUCCUGGAGCAUCUAGCUAUCAAUAGUCAAAGUGCUCAAAUCCCUGUUUUACAAUCCACGGUUCAUUUAAUGCAAGCCCAACAUUUUUUGGAUAACGGCAGUAACAUGGUAGGAGUUUUUUCCAAUUUGACAAAAUCCUUUGCUUUGCAAUGUCACAGCGAAUCCUUCCAUAGCUUUUCAAGAUACAUGGAUCUUUUACAAGAAACAUGGUAUCGACUAGGCUGUUUCUCAUUAAGUUUUAACUAUAUCAGUCUUUAUCAGAAUAGCUUUUUCCAGGAAGCUUCUGUGAUUGAUUUGGUCAAAAGCUACAUGAAUAAAGCCAGAAGACUAGUUGAGAAUGGUAAUUGGUCGGACGUUUCUGCGACUUUACAAAUGGCUAAAAUGGAGUCGGAACGUUCUUUUCAGUCUGUUCACUUUUAUGGCCGUGAAAAGUGUUUUCUGUAUCUGGAUAAAGCAAUAAAUGAAAAAAACUACAAGACAGCAACGUUUCUUUUAAAAAGCUUGAAUGGUUUCCGACAUAGUAAGGAAUCCCUAUUCAACACUCAUUAUUACAGCCUCAAGCUUGACAUAAGUUUGGGCAACUUCAGCCAGUGUAUAGAUGCGGUUGAGAAUCUUUUGGAGGACGAUACGAACCUUACGGUCGAGUGGAAAGUAAAGCUGAUGCUUCUCAAAGUUGAUAUUUACAUUAAAACAAAUGUUUUACAUCGAGCCAUCUUUGAACUCUUGAAUGUUAUUGAAAUUUCCUCAUCAUCAUUCUUGAGGCUCUAUCUCUUAGAAGCAUUAUGUCUUUUGUGUUUAAUCGGAAGUCUGGAUUGCAUCAAGGCUACUGAGCUUUUGGAUUCUUUAAUACCCGAGGUAAUUGCAUCCGGUAAUAAGGCAUUGGUGGCAUUAUCGUUUUAUUCAUAUGCGUCCAUUCAGGUCUCCAGUUAUGACAAGUUAAAGGCAUCAAGAAUAUUUAUUACGAAGUUGUUAGACAAUGCAUUCGAUGGUUACAAAAGCUGCCAUAUGAAAGAUAUGCAACAGCAAAUAGCGCUUUUAAAAAUCCAAUUUCUGAAGCAGAUCAAGGAUAACCAAGCAAGUCGUUACACCGAACAGUAUUAUAAAGAACUAUUUAUGCAAAACGAGUGA